AAUACCCUUGUAAAAGAGGCUAUGUGUGGACACAGCAAGUAGGUGCCAUCUAUGAACCAGAAGGCAGGUCCUCACCAGACACUGAAACUACCUGUACCAUGAUCUUGGACUUCCCAGCCUCCAGAACUGUAAGAAAUAAAUGUCUGUUGUUUAUAAGUCUCCCAGUUUAUGGUGUUAGAGCAUCUCGAAUGGACUGAGACACCAGGUUUCCUUACGUCCUACCCAGUGAUCUUAACCUGGAGGUCAAAGAUACAGUAAUGCUGCUGCUGUGAUUCCCAGGAGAAAAAUUAACUUGGCUAAACUACCACUUUGGGACAAACUGAGAAGCAGAUGAUCCAGCCUUUUGUGGUCUGAAAGCACCCUGGGGCCUCUUUUUAUGGUGCCUCAGUCAGACAGCCCUAGAAUUGAAAUCCUGGCGCUGGAAUAAGAUCAAGAAUCCUGGCAGACUCAGGCUGCCUCAGCUGCGUCUUGGGGGGUACCAUGUGGUAGAUGAGUGCCAGCUGUGUGCUCCUGAUUGUCUCAGUUUACAGAACUGAUAGCUGGGACAAGGGACUGGGUCUGAGCAGCACAGCGUUCUCGCAGUGCCUCUGGCCCCUUCUAGAGGCAGAGGACACCUUCACCGUCAGCACCACGGACAGCCCCGCGGGUCAGCCUCCCUUUCUUGUACCAGAGAAGACUGGAGAUCCAGACUAGUCUAGUCUGGGGACCGGCUCCUAGUCACUGCUGGCUGUUAUAAGCGGGUGAAGGACUCUUGUGGCUCCCAGAGCAAUCUUUACGCUCCAGCCAGCUUCUCGCCCUCUUGAGUCCGGUGUUGCUUCCAGCCCUAGCCCCACAGACGGGAAGUCUCGUGUCCCGUGGCGUGCCCCUUGGGGUCUUGCAACUGGCUGGACUGGAAGCUGCGGCCGUCAUUGCUCUACAAUCAGUGCAUGUUCCUCGCUGACGUCAGUCUGAGCUGUCCUGGCGCUAUAUAAGGCUGGCGGCGGUCCCGGGACAGACCCCGUGUUCCCCAAGGCGCCUUCAGCCCGCCCCGAGGGACGAGACUGGAGCUCCGUCCUGCACCAUGCAGACGCUCUCCGGUAACCUGUGAGUGGCUGGGAGCGUCCGCCCGGGCUCCCUUAGCACCGGGACCCUGCGCUCAGCUCACCCACGGCGACCCGCCAAGAGGGAGGGAGGGAAGAAAGGGUGGCACAGGACUGGGCAGCGGCUGGGGCUGGAGGGAAUGUGGUGGGCACCGGGAGGCAGCCGCAGGGGCCCGGCGGGGGCGCUGGACAUACGCCGGAAGGAGAGUGGCGCCACCUGCGACUGCCCCAGGCGCAGCUCACCCUGCGCUGCUCCUGUGUGUCCAGGGCCGGUGGCACCAUGAGGCGGGAGGGACGCGCGGCGCUGCUGGCGGUGCUGCUGCUCCUGGCACAGCUGCGCUCGGGGAGCAGCCAGUGGAACCCGGAGGCGGCGGAGGCCGGGGUCCAGGACCCGAGUCUGCGCUGGAGCCCCGGGGGGCGGAACCAGGGCGGCGGAGUCCGCGCGCUCAUCUUGCUGUUGGCGGAGCGCCUCCCGCGCCGCGCGGGACCUCGGCGAUGGGGAUCCGUGACCGCGGACGAGCGGCCGCGACGGGACGACCCUCCGCUGUCCAUUGACCUCACUUUCCACCUGCUGCGGACCCUGCUGGAGUUGGCGCGCACGCAGAGCCAGCGAGAGCGCGCCGAGCAGAAUCGCAUUAUAUUCGACUCGGUGGGCAAGUGAUCCGCGGGACCCCGAAAACUUCGACCUCCAUUGCCCACCCCCGGGCCGGGACGUGCG